CUAGUUGGUUCGUUAUUUCUGUAGCCUGCAUCCCUUUCGAGAGCAAACUGUUCCUGGGGGGAGGAAGGGUAGCUAAGAGGGGGCCCAAUCCAAGAUGGUGUCCUCGGCGCCAUUGUGUUCGCUUUGCUCCCUUCAUCCAGUGGGUUCUUCUCAUAUUGGAGGCCCCAUCAUCAAUGAGAGGCGGCGCUAGGCGUCCCUUGGUCUUGGUAUUUGCGGAGGGCGGGGCUCUUCUCACCUUCCUUGUCUUUUUUUGGGCCCUUUCUCGGCCCACGAUGGGGCUGGGAGGAGGAGCCGGUUGGAUUUUUCUCACCUCGACUUGCCCAACCUAAUCUGGAGUGCCUUCCAAGUGUUUACGAUUGGUGUCAUUGUAUGUUUCUCAGAAAGGAGUCUCACCUUCGUAGCGCAACAGUGAUGUGAGACCACUUGCUCUUCUUUUAGAAACUAGUAUCUUUGCUUUCCUUUGCUGUUCAUCAACCCCCUAAUUUUCACCCCUUGUUUUCACCUAUUUUCCAAGAACCCAUCCAGAGCCCCCUUCCCUUUUUCCCCUGCCGGCCCAGUUAUGGCAGAGAACGAUGUAGACAAUGAGCUCUUGGACUAUGAAGAUGAUGAGGUGGAGACAGCAGCUGGGGGAGAUGGGGCUGAGGCCCCUGCCAAGAAGGAUGUCAAGGGCUCCUAUGUCUCCAUCCACAGCUCUGGCUUUCGUGACUUCCUGCUCAAGCCAGAGUUGCUCCGGGCCAUUGUCGACUGUGGCUUUGAGCAUCCAUCAGAAGUCCAGCAUGAGUGCAUCCCUCAGGCCAUUCUGGGAAUGGAUGUCCUGUGCCAGGCCAAGUCGGGCAUGGGAAAGACAGCAGUGUUUGUCUUGGCCACACUGCAACAGCUGGAGCCAGUUACUGGGCAGGUGUCUGUGCUGGUGAUGUGUCACACUCGGGAGUUGGCUUUUCAGAUCAGCAAGGAAUAUGAGCGCUUUUCUAAAUAUAUGCCCAAUGUCAAGGUUGCUGUGUUUUUUGGUGGUCUGUCUAUCAAGAAGGAUGAAGAGGUGCUGAAGAAGAACUGCCCGCAUAUCGUCGUGGGGACUCCAGGCCGUAUCCUAGCCCUGGCUCGAAAUAAGAGCCUCAACCUCAAACACAUUAAACACUUUAUUUUGGAUGAAUGCGAUAAAAUGCUUGAACAGCUCGACAUGCGUCGGGAUGUCCAGGAAAUUUUUCGCAUGACCCCCCAUGAGAAGCAGGUCAUGAUGUUCAGUGCUACCUUGAGCAAAGAGAUCCGUCCAGUCUGCCGCAAGUUCAUGCAAGAUCCAAUGGAGAUCUUCGUGGAUGAUGAGACGAAGUUGACGCUGCAUGGAUUGCAGCAGUACUACGUGAAACUGAAGGACAACGAGAAGAACCGGAAGCUCUUUGAUCUUCUGGAUGUCCUUGAGUUCAACCAGGUGGUGAUCUUUGUGAAGUCUGUGCAGCGGUGCAUUGCCUUGGCCCAGCUACUGGUGGAGCAGAACUUCCCAGCCAUUGCCAUCCACCGUGGGAUGCCCCAGGAGGAGAGGCUUUCUCGGUAUCAGCAGUUUAAAGAUUUUCAACGACGAAUUCUUGUGGCUACCAACCUAUUUGGCCGAGGCAUGGACAUCGAGCGGGUGAACAUUGCUUUUAAUUAUGACAUGCCUGAGGAUUCUGACACCUACCUGCAUCGGGUGGCCAGAGCAGGCCGAUUUGGCACCAAGGGCUUGGCGAUCACAUUUGUGUCUGAUGAGAAUGAUGCCAAGAUCCUCAAUGAUGUGCAGGAUCGCUUUGAGGUCAAUAUUAGUGAGCUGCCUGAUGAGAUAGACAUCUCCUCCUACAUUGAACAGACACGGUAGAGGACUCGCCCAUUCUGGAAUGUGAUUGUCUGGCCUUCAGGAGAGGACAGGGUGGGGGUGAAGGAGACACUACUGCCCCCAUCCCUGACAGCCCCCACCCCAUGGCUUCCGUCUUUUGCAUCACCACCACUCCUGAACCCCCAUUUCUGAUUUGUCAGAAUUUUUUUUAACAAAACUAAAAAUGAAA